AUGUCUGCCCAGGAUCGCGUCCAGAACUACAUCGGCCAGCUCGACCGUGAGCUGUCCAAGUACCCCGCCUUGAACAACAUCGAGAAGUCGACCAACGUUCCCAAGGCCUACGCCGUCAUCGGCAUUGCUUCCCUCUACUUCUUCCUUAUCAUCUUCAACUUGGGUGGUCAACUCUUGACCAACUUCGCCGGCUUCGUCAUUCCCGGCUACUACUCCCUCAACGCCCUGUUCACCGCCAGCAAGCAGGACGACACCCAGUGGUUGACAUACUGGGUUGUCUUUGCCUUCUUCACCGUUGCUGAGAGCCUGGUGAACGUUGUUUACUGGUUCCCCUUCUACUUCACCUUCAAGUUUGUUUUCCUGCUGUGGCUCGCUCUGCCCACCUUCCGUGGUGCUGAGAUUAUCUUCAACUCCUUCCUCUCCCCCAUGCUCGCCAAGCACUUCGCCGGUGCCUCCACCGCUUCCGGCCUCCGUGCUCAGGCUGGCAAGGCCGAGUAA